ACUACACUAAGAAUGCUGUUCCACAUCGCGUGUAUGCUCUGGACGUCAUUUGUCAUAUUUCUACAAGGCAGGUCUGUGCUCUGUAAGGAGGUGAAGCUCCCCAGCAGGGCAGCGAAGCCCCCCUCUCCAUCCGACUUUCUGGACAAACUGAUGGGACGCACAUCUGGCUACGACGCUCGCAUCAGACCAAACUUCAAAGGUCCUCCUGUCAAUGUCACCUGUAACAUCUUCAUCAACAGCUUCGGGUCCAUCACCGAAACAACUAUGGAUUACCGGCUCAAUGUAUUUCUGCGACAGCAGUGGAAUGACCCUCGACUGGCAUACAAAGAGUAUCCGGAUGACUCUCUGGACCUUGACCCCUCAAUGUUGGACUCCAUUUGGAAACCUGACCUCUUCUUUGCCAAUGAAAAGGGAGCAAACUUUCACGAGGUCACAACGGACAACAAACUGCUUCGUAUAUUCCAGAAUGGAAAUGUCCUCUACAGCAUCAGGCUGACUCUUACCCUUUCCUGCCCCAUGGAUCUGAAAAACUUCCCCAUGGACAGUCAGAAGUGUACAAUGCAGCUCGAAAGCUUUGGCUACACCAUGAACGAUCUCAUUUUUGAGUGGCUGGACGUGGGAGCAGUGCAGGUGGCCGAUGAUCUGACGCUCCCUCAGUUUGUGCUGAAAGAGGAGAAAGGCCUCGGCUACUGCACCAAGCACUACAACACAGGUAAAUUCACCUGCAUUGAGGUCAAGUUCUACCUGGAGCGUCAGAUGGGCUACUACCUCAUCCAGAUGUACAUACCGAGCCUGCUCACCGUCAUCCUGUCCUGGGUCUCAUUCUGGAUCAACAUGGACGCGGCUCCGGCCAGAGUGGGACUGGGGAUCACCACAGUGCUCACCAUGACGACGCAGAGCUCCGGCUCCAGGGCCUCCCUGCCAAAGGUGUCCUACGUGAAAGCCAUCGACAUCUGGAUGGCGGUGUGUCUUCUCUUCGUGUUUGCUGCACUGCUGGAGUAUGCGGCCGUUAAUUUUGUGUCGCGGCAGCACAAGGAGUUCUUCAGGCUGCGGAAGAAGCUCAAAGAGCAACAGCAGCAGAGACCUGAGGAGGAGCUGGCGCAGCAGGGUUUACUCUUCCAGAGUUUUGGACUCGCACUGUCAACAGGAAUUGCACCGGAAAUGGAUGCAACACCGGUCUUUGCCGAUUUACCUCCCGGUUUAGGCUUCUAUGACAUCCGCAGGCGCUUUGUGGAUCGAGCAAAGAGGAUUGAUACCAUCGCCCGAGCUCUUUUCCCCAUGAGUUUCCUCAUGUUUAAUGUCCUCUACUGGCUGACCUACAAGGUUCUACGACAUGAAGACCUCCUGGCCGCGCUGUGACUAUACAUCUGUACAAUCUGUACGGCUGAGGGCUGUAAAGACACCGGAAACCUUUCAAUUCUGCUCUCUUCAUUGAAACAUUUAGAGGAUGCGAGUCCUCAGCUGCGCCACGCAAGAUGCGUUGUGACUGCAUGUCCACUGCCAUUGGGACUUGACAUGGAAGAGUUGCUUUCAAUUUUUUAAUACGUCCAAAGAAAUGCACCUUUUUCUCAGCACUGAUGCUUCAUGCAUUCAACGUCAGCGUACAGUGUGUGUGUGUGUGUGUGUGUGUGUGUGUGUGAGCAGUCAGCAUCUUUUAUCACACUUUUAUAGGAAAAUACGUCUGUAUGUGCAGUUACUGUAGUGUUGCAAAGCCUCACCGGGCCGACAUUUACAUUUUA